AUGUCGGCACUUGUGAGCCCUGAGCAUAGCCAGGCCCGGCCUGCCAAUGAGAUUCGCCAAACUAUGCUCGAGGCCCUGGAGCUUCGGAAACGCUCGUCGCCGACCGGCGUCUUCGCAAAGCUGCCCGCCUCGCCGUCCUCAUACGCUAGCGGUUUCUGCCUCGUCACCAACUUGCAGCUUUGGAAAGCCGUCAACCAUCUGGCAUGGUGGAUCCAAGACACCCUGGGCACGAGUCACGACCAUCAAACCAUUGCUUACCUUGGGCCCGGGGAUCUGCGCUACUCGAUCCUCCUGCUCGCAGCCAUCAUGACUGGCUACAAGGUCUUCUUCCCAUCGCCGCGCAACAGCAAGGUUGCCUUUGAAUCGCUCCUCGAGCGGUUGAGCUGCAAAAUCCUGGUGACGACAUGUCCGGAGCCCGCUGCCGCGGCGGUCCUGUCGUCCUGCGGCAUCUCGCGCAAAGUCCACAUUCAGUCCUUGCCGGACCUGCUCAGCCUGGAGCAUGUGUCUGAGUACCCGUAUGAGAAGACGUAUGAGCAGGCAAAGCAUGAUCCUGUGUGCGUUUUGCAUACAUCGGGCUCGACAGGUAUCCCUAAGCCUCUCAUAUACACCAACGAGUUCAUUGCUGCCGUGGCCUCCAACACGUCCAUCGAGCCCCCAGAAGGCUUUGAUAGUCCAAACCGGCUAUUAACUCAGGCUUCGUCGCUUAUCACGCUGCCUGUUUUUCAUAUGGCCGGAUUGGCCUUUACGCUUUUUUCGCCCAUGUUUCACUCAAGCAUCCCCGUUUAUCCCUUGCCCGGCCCUCCUCCCGCCCUUCACAGUAUCGUCGAGGCCGUCAGCAACACGUCGGUUGACUGGGUGCUUGUGGCUCCUAUAAUGCUGCAGUCCAUGGCUCAGGACAGCCAGGCUCUGGCCGCCGUGUCGACCAGGGUGCAACAUCUCGUGUACAUAGGCGGAGCCGCGCCGCAAGAAGCCGCCGAUCUGGUCGCGUCCAAGUUGCCCCUGUACCAGGUCUUUGGCUCAAGUGAGUUUGGGUCGUUCCCCCUGGUCUACCGUGAACCCCUGUCCCAGGGCACCGAUUGGCAGUCGGUCGAGUUUCACCCACAAGCGCACGCUCAGCUGCGGCAUCGCUUCGGCAACUUGCACGAGCUCGUGCUGGUCAACAACCUCGUGCACGGGCGUCCCAACCCUGUCUUCGCCGUGUACCCCCAUCUGCGGGAAUACGAAACCGGCGACUUGUUUGCGCCGCAUCCAGACAGGCCAAACGCCUGGGUGUAUGAGAGUCGCGCCGACGACCUGAUUGUGUAUCUGACGGGGGAAAAGACCAACCCGGCAGAGUUUGAGCGCAUCGUCGGCAGCCACGCCGAAGUCCGGGACGUGCUCAUGCUGGGAGACGCGCGGUUCGAGUCUGCUCUUCUCAUCGAGCCGUGCAACAGCGCCAGCCUCUCGCGCCAAGAGACCAGACAAGUCAUUGAUCGUAUCUGGCCGCUUGUCCGGCAUGCCAACAGCUUGUACCCCGGAUAUGCCCACGUCUCCCCGUCCAAGAUACUGCUUACCGAAGCGUCGAGGCCCAUGGCGCGAUCGGCAAAGGGAACCGUGCAGAGAAAGGCCACGCUUGAGCUGUACAAGCAAGACAUCUCCGCAAUGUACAACGAGCUAGAGGACGCGAUAGCCCUUGAGCCUCGAGAGAACCUGGACGUCACAAGCAGAGAGUCUGUCUCGCAAGUGGUUCAGGACCUCAUCCACCACCUGACGGGCUGGAACGAGGUGCAGCCGGAUGCUGACUUUUUCAGCUUGGGCAUGGACUCGCUCAUUGUCCACAGGCUGAGUCGCCAUCUGCAGCUGCAUCUGCAUCUCGCCUGGAUUGAGCCCAAGACCAUCUACUCAAACCCUUCGGUCGAGUCCCUGUCGCAGGUCAUUGUGGAAUCCUCCGGCCGCCGCGAUGCCGACGUGGUAGCGUCGUCGGCCAGCAGCCCGGCGAACCGUGGUCGUCUUGCGCGCAUGACGGAAAUCCUCCACGCGCAAAAGGCCGCAUUGUCGGCGCUCUGCCGAGAAGCAAAGCGCACGGGCUUGCCGCCGCAUCCUCCGAAGCCCGAGAGGCACGUCGUGCUGCUGACCGGAUCAACUGGAAACGUGGGGUCGUUCGUGCUCGACAAGCUUGUCGGCGAUGAAUCCAUCAGCCACGUCUACUGUCUGAAUAGGUCCCAAGACUCGGAGCAAGCCCAAAUCAGGUCCAACGCGCGGCGAGGUCUCGCCACAGCUUUGCCGUCGUCCAAAGUCACCUUCCUCACAGCGGACCUCGGGCGCUCUGACCUGGGAAUCUCACCACCCAUCUUGGACACGAUCAAGUCCAGCAUCACGACCAUUGUCCACAACGCGUGGCCGGUCGACUUCAACCUUUCCGUCUCAUCCUUCAAGCCCAGCCUGCAGGGGCUUGUCAACCUGCUCUCCCUCGCCGCUCACUCGGCUCACGCACCCUCCCUCAUAUUCCUCUCAAGCAUCAGCGCCACGGCGAACUACCACCAGACCCCGCAAGCUGAGCCCGCAGUUCCCGAGACCAUACUGCGGGACAUGGAAUCUCCGGCCGUGACAGGGUACGGCGAGAGCAAGUUCAUCAGCGAGCUGCUGCUCCAGUAUGCCUCGCAGGAAUUCAACCUCAGGACGGGAAUCGUUCGCAUCGGGCAGAUUACCGGGUCGGUAGACUCGCUCCGCGGCUGGAACAGGAAUGAGUGGUUCCCCAUUCUCAUCCGAAGCUCAAAGCACAUCGGGUCGCUCCCAGAGACGCUUGGUUCUGCAGACGAGCACCACCCCAACGGCUACAUGGGCGACAUUGACUGGAUCCCGGUCGACCGCCUGAACGGCCUGAUUGUGGACUUUGUCAAGGUUCUGGCCGGGGCCGGGGCCGAGGCCGGGAGCGAUCCUCUUGUCGUUCACGCCGUGAACCCUCUGAGCACAUCGUGGGCUGACGUUUUGCCCGACGUUCGAUCCACCCUGUCGGCCAUCGGGGGUGGCGCCUCGGAAGAAAAGGACGUGAGCGUGACGCCCUACGCGGCAUGGGUGUCGGCGCUGGCUGCUGGGAGCUCUGCAUCCGACGGCUCGGAGACGCGCCUGCGCAACCCGGGAUACAAGCUGCUCGACUUUUACAGCCAAAUGUCCGGCCCCGGUGGUGCUAUUGCCAAGCUCGGCACGUCUAAAACGCGGAGUCUUCUUCCAGCCAUCCUGUUGCUGGAACCGCUGCGGGCGGAAUGGAUGGCUGGGUGGAUCAGAGAUUGGUUCUCUGCAGACUGA